AGAGUUACACUGACUUACUGGUCAAAACCAAGCGCACAUAUCACCCGAGCUACACCUGCAAUGAGAUUCAGAGCCAUUCCACCUGAACUCUUGGGCCAGGGUAAAGGCAGCUCCAGGCCGGGCUGCACCACCAGGUACCUUCUGCCACGAGCUGUUCUCAUAGGCAAAGGAAACGGACUUUUCAGUCCUGCUCUGGCCAGGGGAUGCCAGUUUGCUGCGCUGCUAAAUGUCAGCCUCCACACUGAAGACAAUAAACGCCCCUUUCUUCUCGAGGCGAGGGAGAACCCCACCACCACCCUGACAUCGGGGCCGGGGUCCGGGGGGAAAGAACGCGUCCAGCUCAGCGCUGCCUCCUUCCUCCAGCACACAGAGGCUGCCCGAAGGCCUCCCGCAACUGCCCGGGGAGCCCAACCCGCUUCGAAGCCAAGCACCCCCCGCCCCGCAGGGCCCGGCUCUGCCCCCGGGGACACAGCGAAGGCGGCCCGGGUGGGAGCACGGGGCACCCCCUCCCCGCCCCGCAGCUCCCCCGCGGGGACCGAACCGCGCGUGGGAAGCGGAAGCGCCACCUGCGAUCACGGCGGGGCGGCGGCACCGGCAAGCGGCGGCGGCGGCAGCAGCAGCAGCAGGCAGGGCAGGCAAGGUUGAACAGCAUCUCCUGGCCUGCUUUGGUUUCUCUUUUGCCUUCACAUCACUACUUUUCCCCCAUAAAGAAGAGAAGGCCAUGACAGCCAAGAGAGGAAAGGAGCAGAACUUGCCUUCCCACCCAGACUGCACUGCACACAGAGGAGGGUGAGGAGGAGGGUGCCUGUACCCAUCCCUCACAAACCAGUGCUACGUGACUUUCCCAGAAGCCAUGGAAACCUAUCCCACAGUGAACCAGCCCUUGGGGAUUUGGUCAGAACGAUGCUGCUUUGUGCUGAGAGGUGCACGGAGGUGUGCAGGCAUUUGGUCUUUCCUCCACUGAGCACAAUCGUGCUCCCCUUGCAAGAGCAUCAGUACCAGGGGACUGGGCUG